CUGGCCGAGCGUCUGGGGCCUCGUCCCCCUCGGAGUCCAGUCGAGAGGUCCUCAGGCUGGGCAGAGAGACCCGGGCAGCAGACUCACCGGUGGGAGCGGCUCCCAGAUUUGAGCUCCAGCCUCAGAGCCAAGAUGCCCUGGAGGGUACCAAAGUCCUGUUCAAGUGCCAAGUGUCUGGCUCCCCACUGCCCACUGUGAGCUGGCUGAAGGAUGGCCACCCCGCCAGGCCUCGGGCCGGACUCAGCCUGCAGCAGGAGGGGGACGUGCACCUGCUCUGCGUCGACCGGGCGCAGAGGAGCGACGCCGGCCAGUACGGCUGCACCGCCACCAACGGCCGCGGGAAGGUGACCGCCACCUGGACGCUCCACGUGAAGAAUAAGCCGUGCCAGCAUGCCCAGACGGCGUUCGAGAGGGGCCAGGCUCAGCUCACGGUGCAGGGGGCACGGCCAGACGACGCCGGCUCCUACUCGUGUGUGGCUGAGAACGAUCACGGGCGAGCUGAGUGCUCCGCCAUCGUGGUGGUCAAAGAGAAGCCAAGUGUCAAAAGGACGAAGGCUACUAAAGCGGUUGACCCGAGUAGACCAUCCGCUCCGGUGUUCCUGAGAGGCCUGAAGGACCUGAAGGUGAUGGACGGCAGCCAGGUGAUCAUGUCCGUGGAGGUGGCAGGCAACCCUACACCAGAGGUGGUAUGGCUUCACAAUGGCAAGGAAAUCCAGGAGUCCGAGGACUUCCAUUUCGAGCGGAAGGGGGGAGAGUGCACUCUCUUCAUCCAGGAGGUGUUCCCCGAAGACACGGGCAAAUACACCUGUGAGGUGUGGAACGAGGUGGGAGAGGCGCGCUCCGAGGCUUCUCUCACUGUGCAAGAGCCUCAGGACGGCGUCCAGCCCUGGUUCAUCACCAAGCCCAAGUCCAUGACAGCCAGCCUCGGUCAGCACAUCCUGCUGUCCUGUGCCAUUGCGGGGGACCCCUUCCCUGAGUACGUCUGGAGGAAGGCUGGCCAGGAGGUGUCAGUAGGGGCGGACUUUGACAUUCUGCAGAAGGAGGACGUGGUGUCCUUGCUCAUCAGGAAAGUCAGGCUUCAUCAUGCCGGGGACUAUGAGAUCUACCUGAAGAAUAAAGUGGGAGACUGCAGUUGUGUGGCCAGCCUGCUGGUCACCGAGGGGAGCUCCCCAGGAGAGUCUCAGAGAGAAGAGGGUGGUGGGCCUGUGGGAGGAGUGGACAGGACAUUGCAAGCCCGGGGAGGAGGAGGAGGAGGUGCGAGUGAGGGACACAGCAGUAGCCGCAGCACCAGAGCAGCACAGCAGCAGCAGCAGGAGCAGCAGGAGCAGCAGGAGCAGCAGGAGCAGGAGGAGGAGGCCAGCGGCGGCAGCAGCAGCACGCAGGGACACCUGAAGCGGCGCGUGGAGACCCGGGAGCACCUCGAGGACGAGAUCCGCCAGCUGGAACCGCGGCAGCUGGACUUCCGCACGGUGCUGGGCCGCAAGGUCACCACCAAGAGCGUGUCCGAGGAGGACCUGAAGGAGAUCACUGCGGAACAAAUGGACUUCCGGGGCAACCUGAAAGGACAGGUUCAGCCCAAGACCCUGUCGGAGGACGAGCGCAAGGGCAAGGCCCCGCAGCAGGUUGACUUCAGGUCAGUGCUGGGCAAGAAGGCCCCGCCUGCUGCUCCCCCCAAGCCCCUGGACAAAGGGGUCCUGGGAAAGAAGCCGACCGGCGUCGAGAAGAACGGUGAGAGCCCAGCGUCCAACUGCUUGGACGCAGCAGAAGGGAUUAUGGCCAAGGCGCCCGUGUUCACCAAGAAGCUCAGCGACCUGACCGUGCUGGACGGCCAGCGGCUGCGUCUGGAGUGCCAGGUCAGCAGCAUCCCUGCAGCCACCAUCACUUGGACUCUGGAGGGGAAAGCCAUCAAGGCGUCCAAAUUCAUUGUUCUGGCCAACGAGGGAGGACGCUGUUCCCUGACCAUUAACAAGGCCCUGCCGGAGGACGAGGGCCAGUACACAUGCCAGGCGGAGAACGCGGGCGGGAAGGCGGAGUGCUCCUGCAUGGUGCUGGUGGACGAUCCCUCGAACAAAAAUGCCUCACCAGCUGACAAGAAGACCAAGAAGCCCUCCGCCCCUACCACAGAGAACGAAGCCAGAAUAAAGAAGCCCCCCUCAAAAUCAUCCUCUAAACAAGGCCCCCCUCAGAUCCAGGAGUUCCCUGACGACAUGAAGAUCUUGGCCGGCCAGCCGGUGGAGAUUCUCUGCAAGUUCCUUGGAGCUCAGCCCAUUACCUGCACCUGGCUCAAGUUCCGCAAGCCGAUCCAGAUCGGCAAGACGGUCAUCGAGACCACCGAGACGUCCAGUAAACUCUACAUCCCCGAGAGUCAGGACGAGGACUGUGGGUGCUACACUGUGGAGGUCAGAAACAACUAUGGCAUGAGACAGGCUGCGCUCAACCUCACUAUUGUUGACAAACCUGACCCCCCUGCUCGUGUCCCCACCAUCUCGGAAAUUGCCAAGACCACCCUCACCCUGCAGUGGCGCGGCCCGUCCUACGAUGGUGGCAGCGCGGUCCAGUCCUACAACCUUGAGGUCUGGGAUUCUGUGACCAAGAAGUGGAAGGACCUGGCGUCCUGCACCAACACCUACUACUACGUCCAGAACCUCACAGCAGACAGGGAGUACAAGUUCCGCGUGCGGGCCAUCAACAUCUAUGGAACCGGGGAGCCAAGUGCAGAAUCUAUUGCGGUUACUGUGGGAGUGGAAGAAGAGGAGCCAGAGGAGGAGCCUGAAGUCUCUGAUGAUGAAAAUGAAAAGGUGCCGGACUAUAAAACUGUGUCCAUCAACACUGAUGUGAAUGUCAAAGACCUCUACAAUGUAGAAGAUAGGCUAGGAGCGGGGAAAUUUGGAACGGUAUUUAAACUCAUUGAGAAGGCCACUAAGAAAGUGUGGGCUGGAAAGUUCAUCAAAGCGUAUUCAGAAAAAGAGAAGAAAGAGGUGAGGGCUGAGAUCGCCAUCAUGAAUGACCUUCACCACCCCAAGCUGGUCCAGCUAGUCGAUGCAUUUGAGUGCGAGGCAAACAUCGUCAUGGUUUUAGAAAUGAUUUCGGGGGGCGAGCUGUUUGAGCGAAUCAUCGACGAGGACUUUGAGCUGUCCGAGAGGGAGGUGAUCAAGUACAUGCUGCAGAUUGUGGCCGGCGUCAACUUCAUCCACAAGCAGGAGAUCGUCCACCUUGACCUCAAGCCAGAGAACAUCAUGUGUGUCAACAAGACGGGCAGCAAGAUUAAGCUCAUUGACUUCGGCCUGGCCCGUAGACUAGGAAAUGCGGGGAAGGUCAAAGUGCUGUUUGGAACCCCCGAGUUUGUGGCUCCUGAGGUGAUCAACUAUGAGCCCAUUGGCUACGCCACAGACAUGUGGAGCAUAGGGGUCAUCUGCUACAUCCUGGUUAGUGGGCUGUCUCCAUUCAUGGGCGAUAAUGACGGUGAGACGCUGGCUAAUGUUACCUCAGCUACCUGGGAUUUUGAAGAUGAGGCCUUCGAUGAGAUCUCAGACUCUGCUAAGGACUUCAUCACCCAGCUCCUGAAGAAGGACAAGAGUGCCCGUCUGACGUGCGAUCAGUGCCUAGAACACCCAUGGAUGAAACAGGACACCAAAACUAUGGAGGCCAAGGCACUCUCCAAAGAGAGGAUGAAAAAGUACCUCUUGAGGAGAAAAUGGCAGAAAACGGGACAUGCAUUGCGGGCCAUUGGCAGACUGUCCAACAUGGCAAUGAUGGCUGGCCUCCAUGCCAAGAAGGGAUCUACCACAGAAGAGGAUAACCAGUUCUUGGAAGCCGUAGAGGCUGAGGACAGGACGCCUGUGAAGCCCAGCUUUGGCUCUGUCAUUAAGGACGUGGAGGUGGUUGAAGGCAGCGCUGCCCGUUUCGAAUGCAAAAUUGAGGGUUUCCCGGACCCCGAGGUGGUGUGGUACAAGGACGAGCAGCCCAUCAAAGAGACACGGCACCACCAGAUCGACUACGAAGAGGACGGCAACUGCAGCCUGGUCAUCUCCGACGUGUCUGGCAACGACGACGCCAAGUACACCUGCAAGGCUGUGAACAACCUGGGGGAGGCGACAUGCACGGCCGAACUCAUAGUGGAAGUCAUGGGAGGAGGAGGGGUUGAAGAGGAGGAGGAGGAGGAGGAAGAAGAGGAGGAAUAAUCGGUACAAGAUUUACAAGAAAGACGCGGAAGACCUUGCCUCAUUUAACACUUUGUUUACUAGUUGCUUUUGGUAAGGCACUCACUCUCUGGGAAAAGACUGUGGAUUUAUUGAAGAUGGGCUUUGAUCACUCUUGUGACGUUUUGUGCACUUUCAAUUCUUUCUCUAUUUUUCGGUUGGUUUUUCGGUUCGCUUUUUUCUUUUAAUUUCUCUUCAUUUACUCAACAGUAACAAACAGAUAUCAGAUAUCAGUAUUUAUAACUUAACCAUGAAAUUAUCCACAUUCCAGCUGGUAUGUUUAACCAAUUAUUUAAAGGUUUUCUGUGACUUUUCAUUGAGUGUUCUCCCAACCAAACAAGCCUUAAUCACAAGUGUGUGUUGUGUGUUGUGUUGUCAACACUGAAGUAUUGGACAUGUGGCAGGUCUGCCACUCCUUUUAAGAGGUUUUCCUUUAGAGCAGCUUAAGCACAAUUAUUCAGUGUUAUUAUUUGUGCAUUGGUUUGGAGUCGUUUUCUUAGGCACUUACCAGUUUUCACUACUUUUCCAGUUUCACUACUCUUACCAAAUGGUGCAGUUAGAUCCAUGUUUUAUAUUAGACUAUGUAGAUUAUAUUUCUCUAAUUUUUAUAAAAUGUACCAGUUUGACAAAGUUCAGAUUAUCUUGUAAUGAGAACUCUGCAGUUGUAGUUACUCACUGUUAUAGAAUAAAUUUUAUCACAAAAGUA